CGGACUCCAGCCGCUAGGUGGCAACAUGUCUCUGUAACUCUACAUCUGACCGCUGAAUUAGAGUCAUAUCACGUGACCAGCCGUACCAGCGUGUUGUCAAUGUGUCUGACAGCAGCAGAAGUCUGUUCAGGGGGAUCUGUGAAACAAUGUUGUCGUUUGAAGAGCUGAUGACAAGUCUUCAAGACUGUGUGAUCACCGAGCAUCAAGCAGCUGAAAAUGUCAUUCAGACACUCAGGCUCUUCUGUGAGAAACUGUCUGAAUCCUCCAGAACCGGUGUGAAAAGAUGUAAGGAGCGCUGUUUAGAGGAGGCUGCCCAGCUGCUGAGACAGAUUCCAGAGGCACAGCUUGGUGGUUUAGAGGAGAGUCAUCUCCUGCUUCUUGUUAGACUCCUCAUGUCCGUGCAGCUGCAGGUGGUCAACAUCUCCACAGCCUGCCGUAAAGUGGACCAGAUGUUGCAACAUUUGGCAAAGGUGGACCACCUGUUGGUUUAUAGAGAAACCCAUGAAUGUUUGCACUCCAUGGUCCACGCUGAGCAGAUCUUGUCUUUUGAGGAUCUGCAGAGAGCCUGCAUGUUCCUGGAAGACAGCACUGCUGGUCGUGAGGUGUUGCGAGGGUCAUACCUGUCCUUGCUGAAGAAAGUGUCCGAGUUGUUCCCUGUUGUGUUGCAACAAGAAUCCCUGAGAGAUGGGCCGAUGUGUUAUGCUGCUGUCAAGGUGUGCUUGCAAACAUUUCAGCUGUUGUCCGGUGAAGUGGCUCCUCUGGUGUGGGACAAGGAGCGUGGGGAUCCAACAGUGCAGAAGAUCCUGCAGGCUCUCAUGGACAUAACACUCGGACAGUGCUGCAACAGGGACACUCGUCUUUUGGCAGGCACUGCUGUGGCCAUGCUGAUCAACACAGCAUCAGAGAGCAGAGCUGGAGGAGCUGCUGCCUGGAGUCUGCUACAUGUCUCUGACUCAGAGCCCUGGCCGCUGACUGUCGGUGCUCUCCAGGUACAGUGCGCCCCUGCAGGAAAGGACGGAGUGGGGAGGCUGGCUGUGAGCAGGGGCCUCCUGACCUGCUGUCGACCUCACAUCUUGCUCAGUUCGCAUGCGGACACCACAGAAACGUGUUUGCUGCUGAAAGGUUUGUUUCCUCUGGUCUUUGCUUUGUGCGAGGCGAAGCUGGAUUGCCACUACUUUGCCUUCGAAGUGUUAACGCUGUGGCUGAAGAAAGUUAAAGAAUGUCUGGCUGAUAUCUGGAAGAUGACGGGCGUCCGGCUUCUACCUGACGACAGCAGCCUGCAGCAACAGCUCAUUCACAUUAUCUGGACCAAUGCAGAAAGCCCAGUGGAAGGUGUGUCAGAGUUUGCACGCAGUGCCUUUUGUCUGCUGCUGGACCUCUAUGAGAUGGACUGUGAGCAGUUUUGUGACACAAAGAAGACUCUUUACUUCACUCUACUUCAGCGAAUAAUCAAACUGCCUUGGGAAUCCAAAGCCAAAUAUCAUCGCCUUUGUGCCCUACUGCCGUACCUGGGUACUGGCACGGUGCUGGAUCAGUACGCUGAAAUACCCAGUCAUCUCCUGAAGUGCUUGUCAACCAAUCACCUCUCACCAUGUGGAUCAGAGCUGUACAAGUGUCUGAUCCAGCAGCAGAGGAGAGAGCUAAGCACCGGCUUGCAAAAGUCUGAUUCACACUCGGAGCUGGAUCUGGCCGAUCAGUGGGCAAAACGCUGGCGGCCAGUCCUUCACAAGGCGCUGACGUCUGACGUGACUCUUCUGCAGAACAACAGCGCGACGCACUUAUUACCCUGCACCUUUCAAGUCUUCCCCUCCUCUGUGGAUCACCUGUUGGCCUCUCUGGACCCGUACGCCCCAGGCCACCUCCACGCCUGGGCCUGCAUCGCAAGCUCUUAUCGAGCCACGACCGGAGGCUCCCCCUGGGCUCUGCGAGGCGGCUCCACCCUUGAAACCCUCCAGCUGGCUCUGGGGUCUGCGGAUGACAAAGUCCGCCUCGCCGCUCUCAACCUCCUCUGCUGCAGCCCCAAAACCAAAGACACUCCAACCACAGAGGAGAUGUCAAUAAUGAAGCUGUUUAUUCCUCAGAACCUGAACUGUGAGUCGUCACCUUUUCGCCAGCAUUUUCAGGCUGGAGUGAAGAGGUUUCUUGUUCGUAUCAGAGACGGCUGCUUGGCACAGGUCAGAGGACAGAAGGGCAAAAAGAAAGGAGAUAUGACCGACUCAGAGAGGGCACAGGAGUUACUGGAGCAGGGAAUAGGGUUUGUGGAAUGGUUGGGUCAGCUUCCAUACAGCUAUCUGGCGCCGGGACAUAAUUAUCAGAGGAAGAAGACUGCGCUGCUGUUGCUGUCUGCAGUGCUGGAGACCUGCACAGACACCUGGAACCCAGACAAAAAGAAGGGACAACCUCCAGCAAAUAUGGGGUCUCUUAUUAAGUGUGCCACACAAAGAGGACAGUGGGAUUUCUUCUGCAGGAGUAAACAGCUGGUCCUCAUCAGCUGUUUAGAAGAUUCUACAAAUGAGAUUCGUGAGCUCGCAGCUGGGUUAUUGUUGAGAUUUUUCCCACCCAGUUUUCCUGGUGAUAUCGCUGCAGUGCUGCUCACGCGAACCAAACAGCUUCUGCGCAGCCCUCGGGUGCAGGAGGCUCAGAUGGGAGCGCUGAUGAUGAAGGUCCUCCUUCAGAAAUCACAAGACCAGCCUGAGGACUGCAGACUGAACAGUGACAUCACUGUCAGCGGUGGAAGUGACCCCAAGGCUUCCUGCAUGGUCAGAUUCCUGGUGAAGGAGCUGGAGGAGCAUUAUCUGACAGCUAAGACUGACAUGAUGCUUGCUGCCAGAGCCAAGCCCAUACAUGGUGUUGUAAGUGCCCUUCAGAAGUGCAUGCUUGAGGCAGGCAGCAGCGUCUAUGACACACUUGACCACAGUCUGACCGUGGAGGUGCUGGGCUUGCUGGAAAGCAUCUCUGUGCUGCUGCUGGGAGUCCUGUAUGGAGGCCAGGAUGCUUGUGCCACUGAGGAGGAUGCCCCGCCUUCUUUUUGCGACAUGGGAAACGCCAUCAGCUCACUGAUAGCCCAAACAUCUGGAGGAGGCCAAGCGGACGGAGAGGAGUGUGUUCUGCUGUCUGAAGAGCACAGCCUCGUUCUCACCUGCUGCUGGGUCUCCCUCAAGGAAAUAGGAAUCUUUUUAGGUUCUCUGGUGGAGAGAAUUCUCUCGGAAUCCAAACCCAGCAAGUGCCUUCUAGGAAAAGAGGAUCUAAAAAGAGCAUCAAAAGUAUUCAAGAAUAUUCUUCUCAAAUGUCGUCACUGGGGGGCAGUAGAGGGAUGCUGCGUAGGCUUCACCAAGUUCUGUGCCUCUCUGUUGAGCAGCAAUGAUCCAGAGCUUAGGGAUAUCCCAGCCCAUAUGCUGAAACAAGGAUUACAGGUUGUGCAGUGCCCGCGUUCUACGUCUGUGACCAGGCGGGCUGCAGGGUUGCCCAUGCUCAUUCUGUGCGUUGUGUCGGCAGAGGAGGCCAGUAAAGCAAGGCCGCUGUUAGCUCACAGUAUGCAGACCUUACUGGAGACGGCCAAGACGCCUCUGCCCGAGAACUGGGACCAAACGCUGGACCUGCCACAGGUGUGUGCGGUUCACACUCUGCAGGCCCUGGUGCGUGGCUCAGGUCUAGGAGUAGCUGUCCUUCAGUUUGCUCCUGCUGUAGCCAUCUUGUCACUCACUCUGCUCAGCUCUCCCUGCUGGGCUAUGAGGAAUGCUGCACUGCAACUUUACAGUUCUCUGUGCUCACGAAUGCUCGGCCAGCGGCCCAGCAGCGAGGACGGCUGCCCUACCCAGCACGGCAUGUCCCCCGCUGCUUUCUUCUUCCACUACCCAGCGCUCCAGCCCUUCCUCCUAGGCGAGCUGAGAGGGGCAGCACAAGACCUCCAGGGUGGACCUGACGAGGCCAAGCUACACCUCCAACCCUCGCUCUACCCUGUCCUCACUCUGUUAGCCCAACUCCAGCCUGGUGUCCAAGACUCAACAGAAACUUUGUCAGACUUCCUGCCCCCUUUACUUCAGCUGUCUGCCAGUCCUAUCUACAGUGUGAGAGUGAUGGCCUCUAAGGCUUUGGUUGCCAUGACUCCCCCCUCAGAGUACAUGAGCAUCCUCGUCAAGCUGACGGCUCAACUGCCCAGUCCACAGAAUCGCUGCUGUCACAACCGUCUCCACGGACAGCUGCUGCAGAUCAAAGCUAUCCUGGAGAGAGCUCUUUGCACUGACAGUGCCCCUUCAGCUGCCCUGUCUGAGGUUCUGAGCAGAGUGGAUGCGUCGCUGUGGCUGGUGACUGACGCUCAACGCUGCCCUCUGGUGAGAGCGGUCUACCUCGGAGUGGCAGACACACUAAGAAGAUUCUGCUGUGAGACCUACCUGUCAAAGCUCAGUGACUCACUCAUGCAUGACCUCCAGACACCCCAAACAGGACUUCAGGUUGGUUUGUCAUCCUUCCAUCAACAAGCCAUCCACUUUCUAUGUGCAGAUCUAAACUGGGCACGCCAAAUCUGGAACAGCUUCUCCGCUGUAAGCCCAGAUCUGAGGCUCUCAUUGGUUGCGUGGGUGGUAGAUGGGCGGAGUUUGCAGCAAACCAUCUUGAAAGAGGUGAUCCAGAGGGUGUUGCAGUCAAACCUGAAGGAGGCAUUGUUGAGCCACAGUGUGGAGUACCGCAGGACCUACCUCGCAGCCCUGGUGGCAGUAAUGGCCGGAGGCGACUCUUCUUUACCCCAGCAUCUUCCUCAGUGGGCCCCACUGGAGGAGCCGGUUCUGCCUGAGUGUCUGGAUUUGUUGCUUGGGGACCUUGAGGACCAGCGAGGCGGGCCAGAGUUUCUGUCCCAGGCUCUGUGUGCUGCUAGUCUGCUGCUUUCCCAGUGGUCAGACUCCAGCACAAAGAUGUCUGUGCUCCUGCGCUGGUGUAGCAUCUUGGAACGCCACCGGUCACCAGACGCUCCUGAGGUGCUCAGAAUGGCGUGUGCUGAAGCUCUGUGCGUGGCUGGAGUCCCACUAAUGAGCCACAGCCUGAACAAACACAGCACUCUGCCUGAGGUCAUGAUCAGGUUGAUUGACACGGGCCUUUACCUGCUGCAAGACCAAAACCAGCAGGUGAGGAUGAAAGCGGCUUGUUUUACCUCCAUGUUGCACCAUGCGAGAGGAGGAGACAGUCGGAGGAGGGUCUACCUCAUGCAGGUCAACCGGGCUCUGCCCCAACUGCUGGGCCUGCUGCUGGAGGAAUGCUUCGAUGGCCCCGGCACAUUGGAGGUGCUGCUGAGUCACCUGCCUCAGUCUGACCUCAGAUCUGUGCUGAGAGAGGCCUCGGAGAUGGGGUGUUCCAGCCUGUACGAGCAGGAUGAGGCCAAUGUGUUCGCAGAGCCCUCUGUCAUGUCGGCACAUGUGCUGCCUCGCCUGCUGCAGAUGGCUGAAAAACACUCUGAAUCCUCUGCUUUGGCACAGAGCCUGAGAGCAUGGGCAGAGCAGAGUGCUGCACAGGUGGCAGACAGCCUUGCAGUGUGCAAAGACCUCCAGCCAGGGGAGACGUUGACCCCGGCCUGGCUGGCUCUCCUCAUGGACCCCCAUUUCCACAGCACCCUGUGCAGCCUGUUCACCAGGGCUGCCUUCCUCCUCCAACUGUUGAAAACGUCCGACGACGCACGACACCUCUGCGAUCCUUCAUCCCUGCGCACGACUCUACAAGAAGUCUGCAGUCUGCUCAGUGAGAACGGUGUCCACUUUGCCCCUGCCUUAAUAGCUGCCGUGGCUGGAGAGCUGCCGCUGUGAUGGAACGGAGGAGCUUAUUUCGUACACUCAGCGAGCAGCAUCUUGGCAGAUGUGGCCCGGGGAUAAAAUUACCUGAUGACAUCUACAUGUGCGACUCAAGCCCUGAAUGAAUAUUGCAACUGCUGAUGCUGCAGUACUCGAGUACUUGGCAGGCUGAGUUAUGUAAGUGGGUGAGGCUUGUAUCUAUCAUCAUAUUACCUACAUAGAGAGCAGACCCUCUGGGCAUGUGCAAAUGAGGAGGACGGUGUAGCAAAACAGUUAGAAACUCCAGAGGCCUGUCUUUGCUACAGUGCUUGUACAUUUUCUUGAGUUUUAUUCUUUUUUUUUUUUUUUUAGAAUAAAGGUUUUUAUUCAGAAAUACAGCCACCAGCAUAUCCCCAGGUCUGUCUUUGUGAUCACCAUCACCUCAAGCAAUGCGCUCAUUCUUACUCCCAGAGCAGUGCUCCCAUUCUCUAUUGCUGUAAGUUGUUUGCCAUGUCUCAGCCUUAGACUGAUGCAGUGAUGUAAUGCAACAGCAUCUGGAGAAAUUGGCUGCUUGGUGCCCAGCGGGGGAAUAUAGUGUACGGUUUAAUGCUCCAUUAGAGGCCUUCUGCCUGGAUAAGUGUCCAUUUUCCAACCACAUGAGGGCUGAAAAUGAUUGACUGGAUCUGAUAGAGAGCUGGCGGUUGCCCCGCAACGGACCACACACUAAAGCAGUCUUGCAUCACCAGACAGCCCUGCUGCUUCUGUUUGAGAUGGGCGGCUCUCAGCAAUAGACAAACAAUGACAUGAAAAAGAUAGCGCAUGCUAUGGUUGGCCAUAUUAGACAAUGACUUGAAUUAGAAAUAUAGAUGAAAGUUUUUAUUGUUGUAUCCUCACAACUUUUAUUUCCUAAGGAUAUUGUAUUGUCAGAGGUAAUUCAAUUCUCUGAACAGACAGUUUCCUAACAACCAGUUCAUCAACAUCUGACUGUAAACCAGCAGAGUUACAGUUAUCUUUUCUUUUUUUUUUCACCUAACUCUAUAUGCAAAUACGUUACCUCUAUUUAGGUUAAGUUUGCCAUUGUGUAUGCGUGAUGCAUUGUGCUCGUGAGCAUCCUGAUUAUGCAACUGCUAUGACAUCAAGCUUACUGAUGAUUCAUACAUAAAGCUUGUGCAAUGCAUUUCCUUACGACCCACGCCGGAAUUAACACCUGCUGUGCACAGCUCUAUGAGAUUAACAUGUGCCUCAAGGAACGCUACAGGUGGUCCUUGUUGACAACACAUCGUUUUAUCGAGAAUCCUCCCAAAGUUUUUAAUUAUGACACAGCUACAGUAUGUAUUAAGUGAUGAAAAAUGACUGCUAUUAUCAGACAAAAUCACAAAUGUGUCUUAGUUUCAUGGAUUCAUUAGCAAUUUAAGACAACGCUUCAUAGCACAGACUCUUUAAAAGUUCAAAUGAGGGCUUGAACUUUGCUCUACUUCAAGACAAAGACAAGAAAAACAUGUGGCUCAAGGUCUCGACAGCUUGUCAACAUGCCAGAAAACAAAGGCUUAAUUUUAAUGAAAAGACAUAUUACCUUUUAUUCAGACUAUUUGAACAAUGUGUGCAAUAUUAUGUCUCCUGCCUUGACCUGCCUCGAAAGUCUGAGAAGCGAGUUUAGGAGGUGAGCAGGGUUGGAAAUUUCCUGAGGUCGAAUUGUGUAUAAAACUGUGAAAUGACCACCUGGCUUAAUAAAAGCCUUUGCUGUCGUUACUGAGAGUGCUGGACUCUCAGUACGCCUGCAUCCUGCUAAUUAAAUGAUUAACUAUGGCAACAGGGAACAAGGCCAAGUAGGUAAAACCACUUGUACUUGGUGUGUGUAUGUGUGUACAUGCAUACAGACGUGUGAACCAUUUGGAGCAUGAAAGUGUUUUUCCACUGUUGGAUGACUCUUAAAGAAAUAUUUUUUUUUUAACAAAGGGAAUUAAAUCCAUUUCAAAAGCAGGUUUUUUGUCAAUUUAACUGUGUAAUUAGAUUUUUUUUUAUAAAGAACUGUUGAUGCUGAAUAUAAUAAAAUGUACUAUUGA